UCACUUCAAAAAUGACGACGGAGGAGCACCAUCACAUCACUCAGACAGGAGGAACCGUCCGAGUUCACAGCAAUGUCAAACUGGAUUCAGUGAUCCUGAAGAGCCCAGACCAACGGACCUCCCGUCUUAUUUACCAGCCCUCCCACAACCCCCCCUGCCCCAACAGCCCGUGUCCUGCCCAGCUAAGGGCUGUGUUGCAGGGGGAGGAGGUCCGCAGGCUGUGCCACUGCAGCUCCAGGUUGAUGCCUGUGGUGACCGACCUCGAGUAUGAUGCCUUCAUCUCGGGCCAGCCUCCCCACAGCGAGCAGAUCCUGGUGGUGUGUGUAAGGGUGCAGCGCCAGCCUCUUGCCACGCCGGCCAAUCAGGACCUGCUGGAACAGCUGUAUGAGAGGAUGAAUAAGAACAGGGCCAUGCCAUGCACUCAGUGUCAGCUGGACUCGUUCCGCCUUGUGAGGUAUGAGAUGUCUACAGGGACGUCCUGCGCUAGACAGACCGGAACAACCCUUUUGCAGCAUAGACACAACGCCUCCCCUGGAAUGUUUCUGAUGUACAUCCGAGGGAGGCUGCUCUUUGCAGACUACAUCUUCAAUGGCUACAGCUGCUCAGAGAGAAACCUGCACAAGCAAAUCGCUAAGACCAGGGCGGACUACAGACAAGGUUAUAGUCUGCCCUCAGACUACCGAUUCAGUGCUCGGUUGAAGAGGGCAGUGGUAGGAGACCUAUCUCUCUCUCAAGAACCGCAUAUAACUCCAUUGGAAGGGCACUUAGGAGAAACCCAAACCUGUGAGAGGAAACCCACUCAGGGACCUGUGACUUCCCUGAAGAAAGACACAGUUUCAAAGGCCAAAAAGACUGCAACCUCUCUACCUUUCCUCACACCCUGAACACACCAAGCAUCCAGCUACAGGGUCUGACUCUCCUGCUCAUGCUCUUCAAAGAUGAUGUCAAUGGAAGACAGAGAGAAUAUACACAUUUUCUAACACCAAAUGGUUAACUGCGCACAACGUCUUUGGCUGUCUUAAGCAAUGUGCUUCAAUAUGUCUAUAUAUAACAACUGAUGGUGUUGCAUGGAAAAAGCUUACAAAUCACAAAAGUCUGUGCUUAUGCCAG